UACCAAGAAAGGCAUCAUUACACAGUAAACUUUACUCCUCCUCUUAAUGAUCAUAUGAUGCUGGCCAAACACAAUCUGCUUGACGAGGAACAAAGGAGGAGGACAACUAGCUUACUCCCUUUACCUGACAGAAAGAAGGAAAGAGCGAAGGAGGAAGAGAAAGAGGGAGUUGGGUGCUUUGAAGAGAGGAAUAGGGCACGAACAUACAACAGGAGCCUGUAAGUGCAAAGGGUUUAAAAAAGGGAAGCAUGACUACUAUGCAAGUGACGGUGCAUGGACCAAAGAAACGGUGCAGAGAGGACAGCUCACAUAGACAGCUCACCUUGGAUAGGGGAGUGGACAUUACCGCGAGUGAGGAGGCCCCAAGCCCUCCCAAAAAACUGUCCCACUCCAUCGAGGAGAUCCUGAGGACACCAAUCGAGGAGAUCCUGAGGACACCAACCGAGGAGAUCCUGAGAAAACCAACCAGAGUGGGAGAAGAGAGGCGAGAGGGGCUAGGUGGAUGGUCUGUUAACAGACAAAAUGAAGAAAACCCAAACCAGCAGGUAUAUACAGAAGGAACCGGUCAUAACAGGGGGCUGCCACAGCAUGUGCACAUCGUCACUGACUGGAAAGGUGACCACACUUCAUCUGACCAAAACACAAGAGUCACAAAACUACCCCCUAGAGAGUGUCACAUUGACCGCAUCUCCCCAGACCACAGUGGGGACUCCAGCAUCCACAGUAAGGACAGUGGUCUUCAGGAGAGAGCAGGGCGAGAGGAGGGCCAGGACCAAGGAAGAGUCCAGUGGGAGAGGAACAGCUGCCACCCUCAUGUGCAGAGGAGGAGAAGGCAGACCAGGAUCAGCUUCCCUCCAAGUCAGGUGGAGGAGCUGGAGAAGGUGUUCCUGGAGACCCACUAUCCUGAUGUCCACAUAAGGGAUAAGCUGGCCUCUCGUCUGCAGCUCACUGAGGGAAGAGUACAGAACCGCAGAGCCAAAUGGAGGAAGACUGAGAUGCUGAUGGACUUAGAAAUGAUGGCCGGAGACCAGACACCUAUAUCCAAACCUGGGUUUCUUUAUGAGGUUGAAGAGGCUAUCUCUCUGUUUCCAUCGAAUGCCUCAUCAUCAUGGUAUGGGCCGUACCAACAACUACAAAACCUCCACUUCGGGGGGGUUCCAUUCCAGACUUUUCUACCCAUGUUGCCAGACCUGCAUCAUCAUCCCCUGAGCUUCCUCUGGACCCAACAUUUAUACUCUAUCCCAAGAGUCACUCUUAUUUGACAAAAUAAUGAACACAAAAUAAAUUAAUCUUCAAAGCUUUGUAAAUAGGGUGUAUUUUGUCAUCUGUGUCUAUAAUGAUGGAUUCAUGGUGCUACUAUCUCAGAAGCUAUUGAAAAUGAUGAAUGAAUUGAUCAUUAAGUAUUGUCUCUCAUAGAUACAACAAUAUGUCUCAGUAAAGUGAAUGAGAUGUUUGUGUUUUUUAUCAGUCACUCUCCACUCGUACAUAUAUGUUGAUUGGAAUUCUAUAAUGAUAUUGUCAAUACACAAAUAUACAUACAAAAAUAAAUUCAGUAAUACAUCUAAUUCAUAUUGACUACAUUUGUACUGUGUCUGUAUUUCUCAUGUGGCUGUGGUUCUGAAAAUAUUGUGUAAAUUGAUGUUAAUUAAGAACAGUUCCUGUACACUAUAAGUGUCAAGGAUCCCUCUAUAACUUUCAUUGUGCACACCUGGCCCCUAUUCCCACUGAUUGUAUUUGUAUAUAUGUGCCCUUUGUUCACCAUGGUGCUGUCAAUUAUUGUUACAAUGUCCGUUGGU